AAAACGUAUACAAACAAAGGAAAGAGCGUGUGAGUGAAUAAUGAUACAUGUUAAAGUUUUUUCUGGGUUUGGGGAAUGGUAGAAAGGCAGAGAAGAAAGCCUGUAAAGAGAAUCCAACACCCAAACAUGGCAAAGCUUAAGAAAAGACCAUCUACUUAGAUUCACAAUCUACCUCUCUCUCUCUUCCUCUCUCUCUCGCUCUCUCUCUCUAUUUCUUCUUGUCUCUCUCUCUCUGCAACGCAUUUUUUUCUUUCAUCUUUCCUUCAUCUUCUUACCUCUCCCUCACUUGCAAAUCUCAUUAAACUAGCUUCAUCAACUCACAGUUGCAUGGACGUGCAGUUUUUAGCUUCAAGUUUCAGUUUCUAAGGAGGGUUUUUGGGAUAUUUUCUCUGUAAUUCAUGGAGUGCAAGAGAAACUUCAAAGUAAGGUUUAUGAAUAAACAUAAACCCCAUCUUUUUUAUUAUUUCUCCAUCUUCUCCAUCUCAUUUGCGGCACUAUUCACUACCACAAUCACCUCAGCAACACCCACCACUUCUCCUGCUGAUAUCAAGUGUCAAUCGUCUGUUAAAGCAGAUUUGUCUUUUCAUGAAAUUGAAAAUAAAAGGGAUGAUAAAGAGGUUGCCAUGACUUGGGCAAGGAGAUUUCUGACUGGACCUGGUUCAUCACCACCGCGCUGCAUAUCAAAAUGCGGCAAGUGCACGCCAUGUAAGCCUGUACAUGUGCCGGUGCCACCGGGGACUCCGGUGACGGCUGAAUAUUACCCGGAGGCAUGGCGGUGCAAGUGUGGCAACAAGUUAUACAUGCCAUGAUGGCUAAUCUUUAAAAUAUACAUAUGCUUCAUUAGUGACUACUUAAGAAUUAUUAGGGAGAUAAUAGUUAGUUUUACAAUGAUGAAUAUAUAGAAAUUAUUAGAGGAUUUUAUUUAUGUAAAGAAAAUAUAUCGACACUAACUAAGAUGAGUGAUUAAUGUGAAAAAUCUUGUGUUAUAAAGUUAAUGCAUAAAUUUUUUUUCAAAGUAA